GAUGGAGUUAAUGCAAAGCUGAGUUGCUGCACGUUGGCUUUCUUCAGAGAUGGCUUCAGCUGGUGUAGCCCCAUCUAGGUACAAAAACAGCAGCAGCACUAGCAUUGGUGCCGAGAAGUUGCAAGAUCAGAUGAACGAGCUAAAGAUUAGAGAUGAUAAGGAAGUUGAAGUAACCAUAAUUAAUGGGAAAGGGACUGAAACUGGGCACAUAAUUGUCACCACUACUGGUGGCAAGAAUGGUCAACCAAAACAGACAGUGAGCUACAUGGCUGAGCGCAUUGUAGGUCAAGGUUCUUUUGGGAUUGUCUUCCAGGCUAAGUGUUUGGAGACGGGUGAGACUGUUGCCAUAAAGAAGGUUCUUCAGGAUAAGCGUUACAAGAACCAUGGGAUUGCACUUGGAGUUCCUGUAGAUAGACUCGUGAAAGCUGCUGAUUCAGUUUUGGUAUGUUUCGAUUUGCUGGUCAUUGUGCUCGAUAUACAGCCUGCAUAUGUUUGGCUGUAG